CAAAGUCCCGCCUUUUAUGUAUUAAGUAGUAACCCCGGAAACGCCGUCGCUUAAAGGCGCAGGGAACAACUAUCAAGCAAAGGUUGAAACAACGACAACAGCGAGCCUUGAAAAAAGACACACAUAAGCGAAGAAGGGACGUGGUAGCAAAACAUUUAGCUACGUUUCAAGGAAGAGUACGAGAACAAUCCCAAAGACACAGACAGGGGCGUUUGACGGUUAUUUUUGUGCUUUGCAGUCGAUUUUUUGGCCCUGUCGGGUUCACGAAUCUACCUGGAAUCCCUCAACCAAGACGACAGAAAAACUGACACAUUCAAAACGGCCAAGUUGUGAUUUUCCUCCCUAAGUGCACAUAUUUGGGGUGGAGGAAGAGGAAAGGAGACUGCCAAAACAAGCGAACAGGGUGACUCUUAACUACUUGUGGAGGAAGUACAGCAAAGAAGGGGCAAGGCAAUCUGACCUGGAGGACGUAGAAGACACCUCGACCAGACUAAACAGAAGAAGCUUUGCUGGUGUCGAGGGGAUUCUGGAUGUUAUGACCCUGUCAUGAUGACACAGUCAUUCUGCAAACCACGCCCAGGUGACAAGGGUGGCCAUGUGUGGCUAUCUGCCAAUCACAGAUGGAGUCCCACUAGAGUCACCUUUGGUUCCUCUUCAGGAGAACCUUUUCUUAGGAGCCUACUGCAACACUGACGAGACACUUUGAUCCUUUGGUGGUAGACAUGUUGCUUGUGUAGACCCUUUUUUGUGGACACGAUUUCCAGAUGCUGUGUGUCCACGUGUGUGGAAUUAGACAAGGACAGGCACAGAGGUGCUGUGCAACUCAGCUUUAUGCUUCAUGCUGGAUGACAGCCAGCCAACAGGAACUAUAGGACUUCACAUUCCUGUGGAACAGCCGUUUCUGCCCUGUGGCGUGGCGAGGACCCUGUUGCACACACAGUCAGUACUGUCAUCCUCUGGCAAACAAAACAUGCGGCACAUUCACGUGGAGUUAUCCCACAAAAAAGCUCCACUAGAGCUUCCAGCCCACGAGGGGGACCUGCCUCCUCCCACGGCCCCUGCACAGGGCCUGGACUCAGGGGUUAGACCAGGGGCUGCCAGGCACUUUGACCAAGAGGAUUUGCGUCAUCAAAAGGUCUACCAGCUCUCUAUAUUCUCCCAGUUGGGUGGUUUUUCUACUGCCACAGAAUCCCACAAUGAUGCUCAACAGAGGCCUGUUCGGAUGGGUGUGAAACGGGGGCUAGAGGAGCCCCAGUUGACUCACAAGCGCCCCCUUGUGGCAGACUGUUCGGACAUAGAAGUAUUAGAGGGAGGAGUGUUGUGUGGGCCAGCCCCCAUGCCAGCCGUGGGGUUGGGCUUAGUAAAGAGCUCUGGUGGUUCUAGUUCUCUAUAUUCUUGCCCACAAAUGGAACACAGAGACUCUGAGGGGGGAGUGCUGCCUAGAUCUCCUCCCCUCUCCCCAAGCCACAACCCCUCCCGGCGUCCAGCUCAGCACAAUCAUGACAGACCAAUCCCUGAUGUGUUUUCUCCCCUCUCGCCAAAAUCACCUCCAAUGUGUGACCCUCACGGGCACUACUGUGACCAGGGCUAUUCUCAUGGAAGCUCAGUCAAACCUGAUCCCCCUAAUGGGGGCCGCACACCCACCUAUUCAAUAGGAAGCCCUGGAAAUGAGAGUUGUAGCAAUGGCACAGCUGGAGGGCAACCCAGUCCUCAUUUGUAUGACAUGCCCACAUACGAGACCCCGAGUCCUGCUAGCCCCACUAGCCCCCCAGGGCCCUUCUCCCCUCCACACCACACAGAACUACAAGAACCUGGAGAGGCUACAGAAUGGGAAGCUGGACUGGAAUCCUCCCCCCCUGAGCGAAGUGCUACCCAAGCUGCGGCCUCCUCCUGCAAGGGACUGUCUUCCUGGGAGAAGACUCCCAGCAGUAAUGGCCACCGUUUGUCUUCAGCGGGCCACUGGCCAGCGAAGAAGCGAUUGCUGUCACCGAGCGAAACCAUGGAGUCCUGUUCAGAAGAUGAGGGACCUUCGACCUCGAAGAGGAGCAGGUUGUCAUUACUAGCUCCUGGACUAGGACCUGCAUCGUGUCGCAGUACUGAUGCGAAAGCGGCUCCGUUCUGGAACCACCUUCUUCCCUCUGCAAGGGAGCGCUCUAAGUGUGCCACAGACUGCACGAGGUCAGGGAGGCGACUAAAAGGUGGUGCACGUCUAAAAAGGCAGCUACGUAGUGGCAGACAUGCUGACAGCAGAACCUUGGCCCGGUCCAGCUGGCCCUCUUCUUCCAUCAGCAGGUCACUUUUAGGCAACUUUGAGGAGUCUAUGCUAAAAGGACGCUUCUCGCCAUCGGGCCGCAUUGAGGGCUUCACAGCGGAGAUUGGGGCCAGUGGCUCCUACUGUCCGCAGCACGUCACCUUACCCGUGCAGGUUACAUACUACGACAUCUCCGAGCACAGCGCGCCAUCGCCCUUCUUGGGUCUGAUCUCCCUGGAGCAUCUUGGCAAGAAAGGCUACAGCAUACCCAAAGCAGGGACCAUUCAAGUGACCUUAUUUAACCCCAACAAAACUGUGGUAAAGAUGUUCCUGGUGACGUACAACUUUGAUGACAUGCCCACCAAUCAUAUGACCUUCCUGCGUCAUCGCAUCUUCCUGAUGCCCGUGGAGGAGGAGGCGGAGGGGAAGAAACACGGGUCGACGGGGAGCGGGCUGCUAGAGAGCAGGAAGAUUCUCUGCUACCUGAUACAUCUCAGAUUCCACAGCUCCAAAUCUGGGAAGAUCUAUUUGCACAACGAUAUCCGGCUGCUAUUCUCCCGUAAACCCGUCGAAGUGGACACGGGUAUUCCUUAUGAGCUGAAAUCUUUCACCGAGGUGCCAAGUAACCCUAAAUACUCCUCACGUGUGUGACACCCCCCCCCCCUCAAAAAAAGAAUACCUGCGCUUCCUAAAAGGAGGGAGCCAAACAGACUACAAAGACUUGAUGAGGAAAGCCAAAUGCCUACAAAGAUAUACACUUUUGAUCCAGUGUGGGUCGUAACACAAUACCGUUGGUCUGUAUAAAUGCACAAACAUGACACACACACACACACACACACACACACAACACACCCCUGACUGAAUGGAGACUCAUGCACAGACACAUGGUGGUGAAUCUCACUUUUAACUUGCAUGCCUUGUGACUACAACACCUGAGUUUUUCCUCGAGUGCCGUAUCACACUGUCCUUCACUCUGCCUGCACAUGUAACAACAAGCAGCACAUUAGUUAUUAAUAAUAAUAAAUCAGACGCAACCAGCAGACACUAAAAUUCCAGUUCUCAAACACACACAUAAAAAAUGCAAAUCCACUUCCUGAUAUGUAGCCAGACUGAGGGACACUGUGCUAUUUUUGUUUUUUAAAAGAUUUUAUUUUUUUAGAUUCUGUUCAGAACAGAAAACCGAAACAGGAAAAAAAACAGUAGUAUUUGUAAUUUAUGGAUUUUUUUCGCAAAUGUCUUAAGAAGCAAUAUGCUGCACAAAGUAAGUAGUGUGUGUGUGUUUUUUUCUGCCCGACGACCUUUCUCUCCUGUUAUUGGUGACUUGAGAGAGGGAGGAAAUGGGGAGGGA